AUGUACGAGGAGGCAAUUGACCGUUUGUCAGAUACCGCUCGAAAGAUUUCAGGUGCCAAACUGGGCCAGGUCGUUAAGAAGGACCUGUUGAAGAAGGCCAAUUCCAGGACCCCUAUCCGGGAUCCUCAUCUUGAGCUCAACCUGAGCAAGAUGCACCUUGGUGACGAAGGACUCCAGUUCGUGUGCGAAGGUCUGGUUGAGGCCAUUGAGAAGGGAGCAGCUCAAUUGGAAGAGCUAUAUUUGGGAGAGAACGACAUUACAGCUGCUGGCUUAGUCCACUUGGUUGAUGUCAUCCGCUCCUCCAGUCAGACGCUCAAGGUACUGGAGCUUCAACGGAAUAAGAUUACGAUGGAGGGGACCAUCUCAAUCACCUGUUUCGAGAUCUUCCUUAAUGCAUUCCGUGAUCAGUCCAUGCUUCACAAGCUCGACCUUUCAAGCAACGAACUGGGUGAUAAAGGUUUUGAAGUCUUUUGCAGGGUUUACGCGGCCGAACCUGCUGUCAUCCUACCUCGCACGAGCAUUCAUGCAGACUUGAGCGAUGAUGACGGAAGUCUUGAUGAUGAAGAAAUAAGCGAAGAGGAAGAACCUGAAAUUUCAGGGGACCGUCGAGCUUCGUCGCCCAACACAUCCUUUUCGGCGCAUUCCACGCCCUCGAGGUCAAGCUUGACUUAUACACGUAAGCUUUCGGGGUCAAUCAUGCGACAACCGUCUAUGGGUCUGCUUCAUGGUAUGCGAUCCAUCCCGUACAUUCUCUUAUCAGACAACGAAGUUACCGACGUUGGUGCGCUUCACCUCUCUUACGUCCUCCCAGCUCAUCCGGUGCCGGACCAAGUUAUCCCGCACCUCCCUCCCCUCAAGCCGAGUCACCUGAUGCCGACGAUUGAAAGUCAAGGUCUGGACUUUGCCAAUGAGGAAGAAGCAGAUGCAGAGUGUUACGGUGUCCUCUACUCUCCAAACCGUGGUAUCUCGCACACCGGGUGGAAGCUACUCGAGGCAGCGGAGAGGUUUCGAUCGAACGGCGGCAUGAUGACCUGCUACCCGGGAGGAACGAACAGCCCAGGUUCGCCUUUGAGUCGCCGCACGAGCGAGUCUUCCGCCUCCGCUUUGAGCAUGAACAAACGCAAGGAGAGUUUCACAAGUCAGCGUUCUACAGGUGGAGGUCCUGUUGAUUUGGAACGUCUUCGCUCUAAAAUUCAAGGAUCAGCUAUCAGAGAUCAAGGACCUGCUGUCAGUGCUUUGUGGAUUGCGAGCUUGGAGUUGUUGCGUGCUGGGCGGGCCAUAUUGCUUGCUAAUAAGCUCCCAGGAAAGCUGAGCCAUGCCCUCUGGUUGGGGGUGUUGAGCAAACUUGAUGCUGAGGGAGUUAUGUCUCGGCGGCAGCGUAACAACGUCUUAUCCUGGGCAGGCGACCGGGGAACUUUGGAAGUCGAAAAGGAAUGGGCGGGUAAGCUAACUCACGUCCAGAUUUGGAGGUUCCUAGAGUGCGUCGAGUGCCUUACCUAUGAGAUGUAAGUGGUAAUGAGGUCGGUGUGAUUUGAUAUUGGGAUUUACUGGGGAUUUUGCAUAUUGUGUCGGCGACUGCCCAGCUGAUUUGGAUACCAUAUAUGUUUAGCUAACUUUUUACUGUUGACGAUCCGUGUUGAUCUCGACAAGGAAAGGAAUAUUCAAGUUGAUAAGAGAAUCUCAUUUAGCAGAGAGGAGUGUCGUACCCUAACCUCAGAAAACGCAAUGCGAUAAGAAUGCUUUUGACCCUGACCUUGACCAGCGGUGAUGAAAAAGAAACACAAUACAAAAACUCCGUAGCCAUACCCAUUCAAUCCAAUAGAAAAUGC